UUCCCCGCCGUUGUCGCGGUUGGAUUGGCAGGCUGCGGCUGUCACUCAUGACGGAGCAGAGAGCAUGUUACGUGCAACAGGUUCGGUUGAGCGGAGGCCGAGCGUUUCAAGUGUCCUUAUCCCUGCUUUCCGCUGCUGCCCCAGCGAGGGCCUUGGCAGACGCUCCCUAACGCUCGUCAAUGAGCACUCGGAGAGCGUUCUGGUAUUGUCAGACGCUCCCUGGCCCUCCUCCAGCCAAUCAGAGUCUUUGCCUAGUGCGGUGGGAGGGAGGACAGCGCUGUCCCCAUAGCAACCGAAGCGAAGCCCCGUCCCAGCGUCUGAUUGGUCGAUUCAAAGCUAAAGAAGAAAGAAUAGUUGUGCUGGAAACAGAAAAUGCUCUUCUUCAUCUGAAACUUGCAGAGUUUCGAGGGUUGAUUGGAAGAGACACUAAUGAAGUGGCACAGCUCAACUUUGUUCAUGACAAGCAACAGAACUUGUGUAGAAGCACGAGCUCUGUUAUAAUCCAGGUUUAUGGAGCAAUACAGAGACUUAAGCGAGACCUGAAGAAUCUCCAUUCAUUUGCUCUUGAGCUUUCAAGAGACUUUCAACAUCAGUGCAAGAGUUCUCUUUACCAAGUUUUGACUGUUGUCCAAAGCAUCCAGCUGCAGAAUGAAGCUAUGCAAACAUUCCAGACAAAAGCAUUUGAUCUCGAGCAGUCUUUACAGGAAGUUAAUGAGAGAUACCAGCAAGAAAAACAAAAGAGAAAAAUACUUCACAACAGUUUAGUUGAACUGAGGGGAAAUAUCAGAGUGCACUGCAGGAUCCGUCCCUUAUUGCCUUUUGAUACUGCUUCUGGACAUUCAGUCUCACAAGAUAGGCACAGAAAGCUUCCAGAAAAAGUGGCACAUACUACUGAUGAUGAAACUGUCCUUGUAAAAUGCAAUCGUCCUGGUCAUACUUUGAUCAACAAGACAUUUCAGUUUGACAGAGUUUACAGCGCUGCUGAGUCUCAAGACACAGUGUUUGCAGAUGUGGCCCCUUUGCUUACAUCUCUGCUGGAUGGAUACAAUGUGUGUAUUAUGGCUUAUGGACAAACAGGGAGUGGGAAGACGUACACAAUGUUGGGACCGCAAUCUGAGGAUGAUGUCACUCUUUCAAUAGAAGAUGAACCAGAGCUAGGAAUUAUUCCUAGAGCCACAGAAGAAGUCUUCAGGCUUAUUUCAGAAAAGCCACCAGGAAGUCAUUGGGUUGAGGUUUCUGUUGUAGAAGUAUAUAAUAAUGAAAUUUUUGAUCUUCUGGCCAAAGACAGCUGUGGAAGAGUAUUUGGCGUUAAACGUGACGUUGUCACAACCAAGGAAGGCAAGAGCGAUGUGCCAUUGCUUACCUAUGAGACUGUAGAAAAUGCUGUAGAAUUCUUACAGCUAGUUGAUAAAGGUCUGCAGCUAAGGGUCAAACAUCCAACACUGGUGCAUGCUCAUUCCUCUCGCUCUCAUCUGGUAGUGACAUUGACCAUAACCACGAAGGCUGUCUCUGCAGAUAGCUUUGCUCCUCUAUGGACAGAUGAACAGUCUAGUCCAAGGCUAAGUAAAGAGCUUUUCUGCACCUUUCCUCAACAAAUGAAAGAUGAUAAACUCGUCUUUCCUUCCAGAGCCUCUUCUCCAGCACAGUUCGAAUCUACUGAGAAACUGAAGCACAUCAAAACUAAACUACAGCUGGUGGAUUUGGCGGGCAGUGAAUGUGUUGGUAUGUCUGGAGUGACAGGAGUAGCCCUGCGAGAGACCUCGUUCAUUAACCGUAGCUUAUCAGCUCUGUCAGAUGUACUUGGAGCAAUAGCAGAGCAGCGCUCUCACAUUCCGUAUAGAAACAGCAAACUUACCCACCUACUCCAGGACUCCAUAGGGGGCAACGCUAAAUUGCUGGUGAUGCUGUGCAUCUCCCCCUGCCAGAAGUACUUAGCGGAAUCGCUGCAAUCCUUGGGAUUCGGAACUCGUGCUCGGCAAGUUCAGAGAGGACAAGUCAAGAAAAGAAAUCUGCCGAUGUCUAGCAAAUCAAAAUAAAAGCUAAGGCUCUUGUGGAUUAAAGUAUUAUUAAUGAGCUCCUCAGACUGAAAGGUAUCUUGUUGUCAUAAAGCCAUGCUUUAAGAUGUAAACUGCCAGUUAAAA